AUGGACAAGAGUCGAUUCCUACGCUUCUCCUCGGUACUGCCGUUGCGCACGAAAGGCCUCUAUCACCAGGUCCCCUCGCACGAUUUGAGCGCCCAGGCGACCCCAUACUCUGAUGCAACGCCCUUUGGCUCGCCCAUAUUGACGCCGGUCACCCGCCGCACCCCCAAGCCGCGAUGGAGCAAGAACUUCCGCCGCUUCUCUGUGAGAAGGAUAGUAACCGUUUGCGUGGCCAUCGCUCUGCUGGCCACGCUGGUCCUGGGUGGUUACCGGAGGCGCCAGCGUCGUUUGGAGGAAGAGGCUGCGAGAGACAGGGAGAGGCCCAAACACCAUUGGGAAUUCUAUGAAACACUCGAUGGCUUCUACAACGGCGUGCGCUCACUGGUCAAGCUCUCUGAUUGGACGCCAGAGCAGAGCCAGCAGAGAUCAGAACUAAACACCACAGUCCACCAUGAUGUACCAAUGGAGCCGGUGCUUGUCGACCCGUAUCAUUUCGGCUCAGAAAAGUUUCUGGAGGACAACUACCCCGUCAGCCCCUGCUUCAUUGACGAGGAUGAGAAGAUCCCGGCACCCGACGUCUUUGCGUAUCCAGGCAUCCCCGCCAACAUGCCGGCGCCUCACUUUGGAUCAUACAACAAUCUCGGCAUAACGCCAGACAUGUGCUGGGAGCGGUUCGGGCGAUUGGGCCCCUAUGGCUACAGUUACCCCAAGGAGGAGGGAGGCCUAGGGUUCUCCGUCAAUUCAGAACGCGCGGGUGCGGACAAGAUCCUUGCGAAAUUCGACAAGAUUGACUGGCGCAACAUGAACUGGGACAGGGCGCAGAAGAGAUGCUUCGAGAAAAACAAACAUCGCUUUGGCGGCGGCGGCGGCGGCGCCAGCCCCUCAUCGGAUGAGCCCCCGAAGAAGAAGGUCCCGCGGACGGCAUUCGUGCUUCGGACCUGGACGGGAUACGAAUAUGACGAUAUCCACCUACUGAGCUUGCGGGCUAUGAUCAACGAACUGGCACUCAAGUCCGGUGGCGAAUACGAUAUCCACCUACUUGUCCACGUCAAGGAUGAAAGCAUUCCGAUCUGGGCUUCGGAAGAGGUCUACCAGGACACGCUCCGGAAGAACGUGCCGGCGGAAUUCUGGGGGAUGGCGACGUUGUGGUCGGUCCCGCUCAUGAGGCUCUACUACCCAGGGCCCUUCCUCAAGGAGGACAACUAUCAAAACAUGGCGGGCAGCGACAUUUAUGGAGUCUAUCGAUCAGCCCACUUUGCGCUGCAGUGGUUCUCUCAGCAACAUCCCGAGUACGACUUCUUCUGGAAUUGGGAGAUGGACGUGAGGUUCACCGGGCAUCACUACGAGUUCCACAAUCAAGUUGCCCAAUGGGCUGACAUGCAGCCACGCAAGCUGCUGUGGGAGAGGAGCCAGCGGGUUUGGAUCCCGGACCUUCACGGCUCGUGGGAGAACUUCUCGCAGUUGGUGGAAAAGGAGACCCUCGCCGGCAAGGAGGCGCCAAUAUGGGGCCCUGUCGACUUCCCCACUGCCAGCCACGGGAUGUUGCCGCAUCCCAAUGGCACGAAGCCGCCAAGGUCCUUUGAGGACGACAACUAUGAAUGGGGCGUGGGCGAGCCUGCUGACCUUAUCGUCUUUGAUCCUUUCGUCGACCCUGACAAAUCGGCAUGGGUUUUCCGUCUGGAUGUUACAGGAUACAACACGACACUGGCGCCCCCUCCGCGCCGGUAUGCCAUCAUCACGAUUGGCAGGCUAUCGAAACGCCUGCUCAAUGUGAUGCACGACGAGACCUACAAGAUGCGCCACACCAUGUUCCCAGAGAUGUUUCCCGCUUCCGUCGCGUUACACCACGGCCUGAAGGCUGUGUAUGCGCCGCAUCCGGUGCACUUCGAUCGGAGAUGGCCGCUCGAUGUCUUGGACCGUACCUACAACCACGUAGAGACCCCCAACGACAGCCCAUUCGGGGGACAAGAGCAUAACAACCAGGGUGGUAGUUUCUACUACAACUCGGGCUUCAGUGGCGCCAUGUGGAGGCGAUGGUUAGGGGCAGUGGACAACAACGAGGGUGGCCGCCAGUUCGAGGAGAAGAACUCGGGUCGCAUGUGCUUACGAGGCUUGUUGUACCACCCCAUCAAGUUCGAGAGGGUGGAUUAA